CUUCGAACGCGCCGCGGCAGCCAUGUUGGACGUGGCCAGCACCGGGGCCGGCACCUGGGGGUAAUCAGCUGUCACGAUGCUGGGCUCCCUGGUGUUGAAGAGAACAGCGCCGGCGUCCCGGCUCCUGCUCCAGCUGCUCAGGUCGCCAUCACUCCGGAGCCGUGGGAGUGCCUCCGGCCGGCGUGUAGCCCCCGGGGACGGCGGGGAGGCGCCCUGGCCGAGGGCAGCCGUCGAGGGAUGCCCGGGGACACCUGCCGCCUUGCUCCCCGCGGGGGCCCGGGGAGCGCGCGCCGAGACCCGCUGCCUCGCGGCCGCCGCACGGAAACACCGUCCGAGCCCCGAAGAAACCCUCCCCGGUCGGGUCGGCUGGAACGGGGGCCCCAGCAGAGCCGGGCUGGGCAUGUGGGCCCUGGCCACUGCCCUCGUGGCUCACUGCUACAGCAAGAACCCGUCCAGCAAGGAUGCAGCCCUGGUGGAAGCCGCCCGUGCCAACAACGUCCAGGAGGUGGAAAGGCUGUUGUCAGAAGGCGCAAAUGUCAAUGCGAGGCACAAACUUGGCUGGACGGCACUCAUGGUGGCAGCCAUCAGCCGAAAUGACAGCGUGGUGCGGGUCCUGCUGGCCGCUGGUGCUGACCCAAACCUUGGAGACGACUUCAGCAGCGUGUACAAGACCGCCAAGGAGCAGGGCGUCCAUUCUUUGGAAGUGCUGGUCACCCGAGAGGAUGACUUCAACAACCGGCUGAACAACCGUGCCAGCUUCAAGGGCUGCACUGCCCUGCACUACGCCGUGCUUGCCGACGACUACCGCACCGUCAAGGAGCUGCUGGAGGGAGGAGCCAACCCCGUGCAGAGGAAUGAAAUGGGACACACACCUUUGGAUUAUGCCCGAGAGGGGGAGGUGAUGAAGCUGCUAAGGUCGUCGGAGGUCAAGUACCUGGAGAAGCAGCGGAAGCGGGAGGCCGAGGAGAGGCGCCGUUUCCCCCUGGAGCAGCGGCUGAAAGAGCACAUCAUCGGCCAGGAGAGCGCCAUCGCCUCGGUGGGGGCCGCGAUCCGGAGGAAGGAGAAUGGCUGGUAUGACGAAGAACACCCUCUGGUCUUCCUCUUCUUGGGAUCGUCGGGAAUAGGGAAAACGGAGCUGGCCAAGCAGACCGCCAAAUACAUGCACAAAGACGCCAAAAAGGGCUUCAUCCGGCUCGACAUGUCCGAGUUCCAGGAACGACACGAGGUGGCCAAGUUUAUUGGGUCCCCGCCUGGCUACAUUGGCCACGAGGAGGGCGGCCAGCUGACCAAGAAGCUGAAGCAGUGCCCCAAUGCCGUGGUGCUCUUUGACGAGGUGGACAAGGCCCAUCCAGAUGUGCUCACCAUCAUGCUGCAGCUGUUCGACGAGGGCCGGCUGACGGACGGGAAAGGGAAGACCAUCGACUGCAAGGACGCCAUCUUCAUCAUGACCUCCAACGUGGCGAGUGACGAGAUCGCGCAGCAUGCCCUGCAGCUGAGGCAGGAGGCUCUGGAGAUGAGCCACAACCGCAUCGCGGAGAACCUCGGGGACGUGCAGAUCAGUGACAAGAUCACCAUCUCCAAGAACUUCAAGGAAAAUGUGAUUCGCCCCAUCCUGAAAGCUCACUUCCGGAGGGACGAGUUUCUCGGCAGGAUCAACGAGAUCGUCUACUUCCUCCCCUUCUGCCACUCGGAGCUCAUUCAGCUCGUCAACAAGGAACUGAACUUCUGGGCCAAGAGGGCCAAGCAAAGGCACAACAUCACUCUGCUCUGGGACCGGGAGGUGGCGGACGUGCUGGUCGACGGCUACAACGUGCACUACGGCGCCCGCUCCAUCAAGCACGAGGUGGAGCGCCGAGUGGUGAACCAGCUGGCCGCCGCCUACGAGCAGGACCUGCUGCCCGGGGGCUGCACGCUGCGCAUCACCGUGGAGGACUCGGACAAGCAGCUCCUCAAGAGCCCCGAGCACACCUCGCCCGAGGCCGAGAAGCGUCUCCCGAAGCUGCGGCUGGAGAUCAUCGAUAAGGACAGCAAGACACACAAGCUGGACAUCCAGGCGCCACUCCACCCCGAGAAGGUGUGCUUCACGCUCUAGCACCGCCGCCUGCCCCUCUGUGCCCUCGGCAGCCAAUAAAGGCCCCUCAGCUGAGGCAUGACAACUGACCUCCUUCCCCUCGGCCUCCGCUCCUCGGCCCCGGGGCAGAGCAGCCAUUUGGCUGCCCACCCUCCACCCCAUACCCUUUCUCGCGGGCCCCCAAACCUGCCAACAGUCUCCAGGAGAGAUGCCCCUCCAUCCCUCCGAGGCAGGAGGGAAAACGGGGGCACCCUUAUCUCUCUUCUCCUGCAUGCUCCCGGGCCCCCCAGUCUCUGGAAUAUUGUCCUGUCCCCAGGAAAGCCCUGCAGUACAGCCGCUGAGAACAGAGCUGGCUGGAAGGAGAUGGGGACCCAGCUGUGACCUGCCACCAUCUGCUGUCCUCAGGCAGCGAGCCCCCCAAAAAAGGUCUCCCCAGGGAGUGGAGGAGAGGGCAAAGGCCCGGCACAGAGGUGACACAUUUUAGGCAUUUGCCCUUGCCAAAAAAUUUGAAUGGAAAAGGACCUACAGACCCCUCCCUCCCACCGCCGUCACCACCGCUGGGGCCAGCCGAGACCCGGGAGCUCGGGCAGCGCGAAGCACCUCUAGGCCGAAGGCCAUGGCCUUGCCCCACUCUGGGACUGGAUAGGAAGUGCCAGAACCGAGCAGUAGCUGCUCUGUGGGGGCCUCCUGUGGGAGCCUUUACUGCUGAUGUGGAGCUCACGGGCCAGGCUCCGCCCCGGUUGUCCUGAAGAGUCUCAGCCUUAUCUGGAUACUGUCCCGGCUCACUGAACCUCAGCAGCUCUGGGAGGCACCAAGAACAGGGUCAGCGCCAUCCCCCAAGUGUGUUCCCUGCGCCAUCUGCACCCAGCUUGGACGCCAUCCUCUAGCGGAUGAGCCCCUCUAGUAGCAUCCCCCGUCACUCCCUUAGAGCCCUCUCUGGCGCUCCAGCUUUGUCUCAGGAAGCAGAAAGCAGGGCCAGAAUCAGACUCCCUUGGGAUACGGAGCAGAGUCACACCGGCAGGGCAGGGGUGAGGCCCACUGAGCUUGGGGCUGCCCCAGCGGUGCUCCACCUGUCACUGUCUUGUCCCUUUGGGAGCUGUGGCUGCUGCUCCCUACCUCAGUGACUGCUAUAAUUUAUUUUUUUAAGAUUUUUAUUAAGAUCCUGUUUUGAAAUUAUUUGGGGCUUAAGCGUUUCCACAUGCCCACCAACUCAUUACUCUUCAGAGAAGCUUCCAGACCUGCAGUGUGGCCUUUCAGUGUGAUCACGCAGACACAGUGAUCAUUCAGAUGCUGUGACUAUUCAGACAGUGUGAUCACUCAGACACAGUGUGAUCAUUGAGACAUAGUGUGAUCGUUCAGAUGUUGAUACUAAUCUGGAGACGUUCAGAUUUUGUCAGUUUUUCACUGAGUUUUGUAUUAUUGUUGUUUUUUGGGGGGCGGGGUCCCAGAUCUCACAUAUGGCAUUUUAUGGUCACAUUCCCUUUGUCUCCUUUGCCCUGUGCCACUUCUUCCAUCUUUGCCUCUUGUGACACUGGCACUUUUGGAGAUGGCUGGGCCGGUUCAGUUUCCCCUGGCUUUAGCUUUUGGUAGACUCUUCCACACGUUGGAGAUCAGAGUUUGGACAAGACUGCCACAGAAGGCACCAUCACAGCGGGGGUAGGGAGGGGGGAGCGGGGAGCACGAUUGGGUCACUUUACUGAGGGGAUGUAUUCUACAUUUCUUCACUGUAAAACUACAGAUUUCCUUUGAAAUUAUUAAUAAUCAUGCAAGGCAGCACUGUGCCCAUGUCUUCUUUCUCCUUGGAAUUGUGCCCUUUGAACUCAGCCUGGCUCCCAGGAAGUGGACGUUGUAUUUGCCUGAUGAUGAUGUUCUCUGCCCUCCUUCGCCGGUAUUUAUUAACUGGUAUUCUGCUGUAAGGAAGAGCUGUCUAUUUUCCCUCAUUUAUUUAUUCAAUAAUGACUCAUAUCAGUCUAAACCA